CCAAACACUUGCGCCCUUAUUUUGCCAUACUUUCUUACAGCUACAGCCAAAGGCUUUCAUCCCUCUCAUCAUUCUUUUAGCGCCAAGUACACUGGUUUGGAAACGCAUACCACACGUACUUAGAGGACGACCCUUCGUUGUGGCCUAUGAUUAGCGAGGCAUUUGCGCGUUUCGUAAAACUCUAUAAUUCACUGACCAGAUCGCACUUCUCCGAAGACCUACACUGCUGGGAUUGGUCAAUACAUUUUGACUAGUGAGGCUCCUCUGCCUGUGAGAAAUUUCUCGGAGUUUGUCCCUAUCGCUAAUUCAUGACCUCGGUCCUUCGAUACCUUCGCGCCUGGACACGUUGACGGUAUGACCAAGAUGGCUCCUUACGCUGGUUGGACUUGGACUUGGAUUUCAAUGGGGCGCAAAUAGUUUGUGGGACAAUCUCUUUGAUGGAAAAAAGUGAGGUAAUCUGAACCACAGCGAUGUCCUUUUCUGUCUCAUUGCUGCAUGCAGGCAUGCGAUGUGUUACGCUAUGUUGUGAUUUUACAAUGUUCCUACAUAUACUUUCAGUUCUGUUAGGACAGAUAUCUUGUCUCCCUUCUGUACAAUAUACUUCAAGUAGUUCCAAAAGUUGCCUGGAGAAAGCCUCUCACCAUAGGUCGUAUUUGCACAAGUGCUUGCGAUACGACUUCGAAUGCCCUUGUUGACACGAAACUGGUCCGAGCGUGGGAAUGCUCUUCAAAAUUUCUGCUACAGGGCUCAUUUCGCUAUUACAAGUCCUGCUCCAGGAACAACAUAAGGAAGCUUUCGAAUGCGUAUAAUGUUGCGUACGGUAACAUACAGAGAGCAAUAGAGCGAAGAAUCUACAUCAGUUUACCCUGAUUUUUUUCUGAAUCGAAAACUGACGAUACAUGGCG